AUGGGCCCGAGCGGUUGUGGCGAGACGACGCUGACGAGCUGGCACGGCGUGAAUGGCGUCUGUUUUCACACCGUCCUCUCCGGUGAACACACAGGCAAGACGACGCUGAUGGACAUCCUCGCGCGCAAGAAGGCGGCCAAGCAUUCCGGGCAAGUCUUCAUCGACGGCCGUCCCGCCGAUGACACCUGGCAGCGCGCGGUGGCCUACUGCGGGCAGGACGACACGAUGCACGCGCGCUGCACCGUGCGCGAGGAGGUGGCGAUGGCGAUGGCGCUCUCACACCCACCGCCGCGGGGCAUCGCUGCGGCCGAGGCGAGGGGGGCACGAGCGGCCAGGGAGGAGAACCUCCUCCGGCGGAUGGGGCUGCUCCACGUCGCCGACAGCCGCGUCGGCAACGCAACCGUGCGCGGUGUCUCUGGAGGCCAACGGCGGCGGCUGUCCCUCGCAAAGGCGCUGUGCGCGUCGAAAAAGGCGAUGCCCUGCCCGACGAGCGGCCUUUCCGCCACCGACGCCGCCUCAUGCAUCGCGGCGCUCAAGGCCGUCGCCCGCGAGCAGGGGGUCACCAUCGUUGUCGUCGCUCUCCUGUUCGACCAUCUCGUGCUGCUCACCGCGGACCCGGGCCGCGUGUGCUACAACGGCCCGAUGGCUGCUGCGGCGGACUAUUUCGCGCAGCUCGGGCGACCCGUGCCUUACGCCGUCAACCCGUGCGACUACUUCCUCGAUUGCAUCACGCCCGGCGGCGACGUCGCGGACGUGCCGACUUUCGUGGCCGCGUUCCGCGACUGCCAGUGGCCGAGGGUGGAGGCAGAGGUCGAGGCGGCCCUCUCAGCGACGGGAAAGACUCCGCUCGAGAUCCUGGAGCUCGAGCGCCGCUGGCGCGUCGCCGCGCUGGCGCACGAGCCGCGGACGGCGGGACUCGGGGCGGCGCGUUUCGGCGUUGGGUAUGGCACGCAGCUGGCGACUCUGCUUCGCCGGCAGGUGCGCCUGACGCUGCGCGACCCCGUCUGCAUCGGCGUCAACAUCGGAUGCAAGAUGGUCGUCGGGAUUUUGGUCGGGCUCCUCUUCUUUCGGGUUUGGAACCAACAGACCGAUUUCAUGGGCCUCUACCUCGGGGGGACGCUAGCUGACGGUGCGGGCGUCGACUUGAAGAUUAACUCAUACGUGUACGAGCAGUUGGCGGACGGGACGCGCCUCCUUUCCCUCAACGGCACUACGGACGAGGAUGCGCAUAUCGGCCGCGCGCUACACUCCACCACCUACUUCACGUACGCGCUCGUCAUUAUGGCCGGCCUGUCGGCGAUCCCGCUCCUUCCGCUCACGAUCCCAGAUCGCACCAUCAUGAAAGGCAAAAAUAGGUUUGGUUGGGGUUAA